GCGGUUCACCGACAGUAGACGACCCACUCCGGGUUUCGGGGAUCCGUCAAUCAACGAUCCGUGUUGUGAACGGUUCCUGGCCCUCGGUAGCCCUCUUCUUUCGUCGUGACAGGUACAGUUAAAGAAACACCGGCACCAUAGAGUUGACACCAUCCUUCUUCGCGCUAUGAUGGGAUCUUCUGCAUUAUGACAAUAACCACAAUUAAAGGACAAACGCGAAACAACACCGUGGCUUCAACAUGAGCUCACGCCACGCCUUCUACACCGUCGAGGUGGGCGAUACCAAGUUUACCAUUCUGAAGCGAUACCAAAACCUGAAGCCGAUCGGAUCCGGUGCUCAAGGCAUUGUAUGUGCCGCAUACGAUACAGUAACGCAGCAGAAUGUUGCCAUCAAAAAGCUAUCAAGACCUUUCCAAAAUGUCACUCACGCCAAAAGAGCCUACAGGGAGUUUAAGCUUAUGAAAUUAGUCAAUCACAAAAAUAUCAUUGGACUGUUGAACGCGUUCACGCCCCAGCGUACACUAGAGGAAUUCCAGGAUGUGUACCUCGUUAUGGAGCUCAUGGACGCGAACCUGUGCCAGGUCAUACAGAUGGAUCUGGACCACGAGCGGAUGUCGUACCUGCUCUACCAGAUGCUGUGCGGCAUCAAGCAUCUCCACUCGGCCGGUAUCAUUCACCGGGACUUAAAGCCAUCCAACAUUGUAGUCAAAUCGGACUGCACACUGAAAAUAUUGGAUUUCGGGCUGGCCCGUACGGCCGGCACGACCUUCAUGAUGACGCCGUACGUCGUGACGCGGUACUACCGUGCGCCGGAGGUGAUCCUCGGUAUGGGCUACAAAGAGAACGUGGACAUCUGGUCGGUGGGAUGCAUCAUGGGUGAGAUGAUACGCGGUGGCGUGUUAUUCCCCGGCACAGAUCAUAUUGAUCAAUGGAAUAAAAUUAUUGAACAACUGGGCACUCCGUCUCAGUCAUUUAUGACACGGCUGCAGCCGACGGUGAGGAAUUACGUCGAGAAUAGGCCUCGCUACACAGGCUAUCCGUUCGAUCGGCUGUUCCCGGACGUACUGUUCCCGACCGAUUCGAACGAACACAACCGACUGAAGGCUAGUCAGGCGCGGGAUCUGCUCAGCAGGAUGCUCGUCGUCGAUCCGGAGCAUCGCAUCUCCGUCGAUCAGGCGUUAGUCCACAGCUACAUCAACGUUUGGUACGACGAAAGUGAAGUCAAUGCGCCUGCACCCGGCCCCUACGAUCACAGCGUGGACGAACGCGAGCACACGGUCGAGCAGUGGAAAGAACUGAUUUACCAGGAGGUGAUGGAGUACGAGGCACGCAAUAACCUAGCGGACGGUGAGGGUGCUCCACGGUAGAAACCGGCGGAUAGCUGUCCCGUCAGCACCACCGGAUCACAGCCAUCUUCUUCAGACCCACACGAAGUAGUACCAUCCGCGACGGUGGCGACGGCAGCAGCACCGGAACGGCUGGCGAGCAGCAGCGCCUCGUCGGAACAGCAGGACGUAACCGCUGCUGAGGAAGAAAUGUAGUUGCCCAAGGUUCUCACAUGCCACGCUCCCAACCAACUCUGUUUCCGCCACCAUUCUUCGUCGCAACCAUAUUCUGAUCAGUGUGCUAAGCACGCGGAUUUUCGAGUAGUUUUCUCCCGCCA